GGCGAGCAAAAUCGACCGUACCCCAUCGUCGAAGUCGGUCCGUUUAGUUUAUCCAGUGAGCUCGGUCCGAACGGUUCUGAACUCCCUUCUCGUGUACGCUUGCAUUUCUAGAUUCCAUUUGUGACAGUCCAGUGAGAGAUACUUUGUGAAAAAAUCCAAAAUGCCGUUCAAGAGUAUUAUUGCCCGUCAGAUCUUCGACUCGCGUGGCAACCCCACCGUUGAGGUCGACCUGGUCACCGAUUUGGGACUGUUCCGGGCUGCCGUCCCAUCCGGAGCUUCGACCGGUGUCCACGAGGCGCUGGAACUGCGCGACAAUGUCAAGGCCGACUGGCAUGGCAAGGGUGUGUUGAAGGCCGUUGAGAACAUCAACAAGACCAUUGCCCCGGCCGUGCUGGGAUCCGGACUGUGCGUCACGCAGCAGAAGGAGAUCGAUGAAUUGAUGCUGAAGCUGGACGGAACCGAGAACAAGUCCAAGCUCGGUGCCAACGCCAUCCUGGGUGUCUCGCUGGCUGUCUGCAAGGCUGGUGCCGCCAAGAAGGGCAUUCCACUGUACAAGCACAUUGCCGAGCUGGCCGGAAACGCCAACAUCAUUCUGCCGGUGCCGGCCUUCAACGUUAUCAACGGUGGUAGCCAUGCCGGUAACAAGCUGGCCAUGCAGGAGUUCAUGAUCUUGCCAACCGGUGCUUCGUCGUUCACCGAAGCCAUGAAGAUCGGCACUGAGGUCUAUCAUCAUCUGAAGAACGUCAUCAAGUCGAAGUUCGGUCUGGAUGCCACCGCUGUCGGUGAUGAGGGUGGCUUUGCCCCCAACAUUCUGGAGAACAAGGAAGCCCUGAACCUGAUCCAGGAUGCCAUCGCCAAGGCUGGAUACACCGGAAAGGUUGAGAUCGGUAUGGAUGUUGCUGCUUCCGAGUUCCACAAGGAUGGUCUGUACGAUCUGGACUUCAAGAACCCCAACUCGGACAAGAGCGCCUGGUUGAACCCCGAUGCGCUGGAAGCGUUGUACCAGGGCUUCAUCAAGGACUUCCCGAUUGUCAGUAUUGAGGAUCCCUUCGACCAGGAUCACUGGGACGCUUGGGCCAAGAUCACUGCCAACACCACCAUCCAGAUCGUUGGUGAUGAUUUGACUGUGACCAACCCCAAACGUAUUGCGACUGCCGUCGAGAAGAAGGCUUGCAACUGCCUGUUGUUGAAGGUCAACCAGAUCGGCUCCGUUACCGAAUCCAUCAAUGCCCACUUACUGGCCAAGAAGAAUGGCUGGGGAACCAUGGUUUCGCAUCGCUCCGGUGAGACUGAGGAUACCUUCAUUGCCGAUCUGGUCGUCGGUUUGAGCACCGGACAGAUCAAGACCGGUGCCCCGUGCCGAUCGGAACGUCUGGCCAAGUACAACCAGAUCCUCCGCAUUGAGGAAGAGCUUGGAUCCGGUGCCAAGUUCGCUGGCAAGAGCUUCCGUCACCCACAGUAAGGUGGUUGAUGGUGUUCUACCUAUUUUAGCACAUACCAUAAAAAAUCAAUGAAAGCGCGUAGAUCGUAGUCUGUCACUCUCUAACACUCAUUAAAAGGAAUAAUAUAAAACAAAACCCAGUCAUACAAAUAAUUAUUGCCUAGGGCAGUUAUCAAUUACUACUAAAUAGUAUCGUGUGUGUGAACAGGCUCCGCCGAAUGGCACUCUCAGGCGGAGCCCAAAUAAUUGGCUUAAAUAGUGUUUAAUCAGCAAGCAAAAUGCAAGAUUUUUCGUUUUCCAAAAAAGAAAAACCACCUCGGAAAUACCUCCAGUAUACCCUGUUGAUUCGGUCCUUUCGGGAUCCGAAACAAAACACCGUACAAACACCAUCAGGAGAAUUUAUUAUCGAAAUUUAAAACUGAAAACUAUGUUUGUUACUGUUAUUGUAAUGGAAUGAUACUGAGUACUAAAGUAAGAAUGAAAUACAUGAUUAUUGGUAAAUACACAACAGAUUUAAAAACA